GCCAAAAUUAGAAGCGCCAAAUUAAGUAGAUGUACAGUAGAUGUGGAAAAGAUAAUCUUAUCCUUUGUUUUUUAUCUACUUUUACAGAAAACAUUGAUAUUUUUUUGAUUAAGUCCCUAAUCACUUUUGGAACAUUUAAGUAAAAUUAAUAUUGUGGAACUUUCCAUUUGUAUUUCAGACUUUAAAAGUUACCAAAACAUCAAAAGCAAAUUGCUAUCUAAACUGUUUGAUCUAAAAACAUCUUCGUGACAUAUCUAACAAAAUGGAAGAGUUUAGAAAAAAAGAAAUGGAAAAGCUGAACAUUGUUAUGAACUCAAUUAUUUUCACACAAGAUAUGAACGAGUCCUCUAAAACAGAAGAUGUUCUUGGUGAUAAGAUUCACCAUUUUGUCAAGAAGGAUAUGGGUGCUACAGUCUUUUCUGGUAGUUUAGCAGAAGGUACUGCAUUUCUAGGGAUUAGUCUUGCAGAGGAAAGUAACUAUGAUAUGCUUGAUCAUGUUAAGCGUUUUGAUGUUGACAUCAUGUAUGAAGAUAAGGACUUCAUAGCAAUGGAACAAUGUGAAAGUCUUGCCUCCACAAUAGAAUUUGUUAACAUUAUACAUAAACUUGGUUGUGCUCCAUUACUUAUAAAACCUUCAGAAUCUCAGAAUUUGAUGUGCGUUCGGAUUGAUAUGCCAAUACCAAUAAUGGAUUUUGAGAGAAUUGUGAAGGAAAAAGCCUCGAGUAGGAAAGAGGUAAAGAUAGGUUGGUUGGAAAUAAACGAAUUCCAAAAAAUCGAGCCAAGUAAAUUGAAAAACUAUACUGGACAUUUUCGGUUGGUUCCAAAACUGUCACGUUCAUAUUUACUGAAUUUUCUUACAAAGCUAUCUUCAAAUAAACAUAAAUGUGAGUGUAGAUGGAAGAGUGGACAUAAUCGCUAUGGGGAUCUUUGUGAUAAUUGCAAGGCUGAAAGUUGCAUAAUGUUCCGUGAGAAUGGAGUUACAACUGAAAUUUGGACAGAUCAGAGGCGAAUAAGAGGCCCUGCUGUGAAUGAAGUAGUGUUUAUUGCAAAUACAAUUCAUGAAAUACCCUUUCCAAGACUGCAUCUUGGACGCAAUAUAGGGAAAUACAUGUCAAGAGUGUAUAUAGACAGCAAUAUGGGGCAACCCUUGUCAAGAGUUGAAAAAAUUGGUGAAGUUAUUUACACGUCCAAAACCUGA